UGACAGCCGCUCGCCGCCACCUGAACCCGGCUGGGAGAUGCAUCUUCGCGCGGGUGGGAAGCAAAUGGAUCCCCUUCCCAAUCCGGCGCCCCUGGCCUCGAAGCUGCGGAACACGCUGCUUCGGUACCACAGCAUCGGAGACGGCGAGUGGCGGAUGGCGAAGAAAACCAAAGAUGCAACUGUGUGGCGUAAACCUUCAGAGGAAUUCAGUGGAUACCUCUACAAAGCCCAAGGAGUGGUGGAAGAUGUUACUAACAGAAUAGUGGAUCAUAUUCGCCCUGGACCUUACAGGCUAGACUGGGACAGCCUAAUGACUUCAAUGGACAUCAUGGAAACAUUUGAAGAGAACUGCUGUGUGAUGCGCUAUACAACUGCUGGCCAGCUCUGGAACAUUAUAGCACCAAGGGAGUUUGUUGAUUUCUCUUACACCACAAGCUAUGAAGAUGGGCUUCUGACAUGUGGUAUAAGCCUGGACUAUGGAGAGGUGAGACCAAACUUUGUCCGUGGAUUCAAUCACCCUUGCGGUUGGUUCUGCGUCCCUCUCAAGGACUGUCCUGGUCACAGUCUUUUGACAGGCUACAUCCAGACUGAACUGCGAGGGAUGCUACCACAGUCUGCAGUAGACACUGCUAUGUCUAGUACCCUGGCCAAUUUCUACUCUGACCUCAAAAAGGCACUCAAAACGUAGACAAACAGUGACUUAAAAGCCUGUGUAUUCCUUGCAAUCAGAUUAUGUUGUUUUACUUAGCGUAGGUUACCUACUAAAUCGAGGCAACACUCUUCCUGAAUGACACCUGAACCUUUGUGUUGAGGAUCCAAACAACUUUAUCAAGUGCUUUUUGAUGUGAUAAUUGUUAUACAUUCCCAGUGCACAGUGCGAGAUGCUUUUUGCUGCUCAGCAGUCUGCAGCUUUUAUGAGGAGCAGCCUGAAUCUCUAAACCCCCAGCUUCCUCAGUAGAAAGCACAAGAUGUGUGUGGGGGGGGCUUGAAAAAUGCAGUGUGAGCUCAGCUCUCUCCAGCAGUUUUGGGAACCAGGUGCUCAAGAUUUUGAUGGUGCAGGUUGCUGUACAGGCAGCAUCUCAUUGAAGAUGUAAUGUUGUAAUAUAUAUAUAUAUCUUAAAUUUUUUUUAUUUUCUUUAAAGUUUGUUCAGCUGCAUCUGUAAUUUGUUUUUAAAAUCUGCUUUGAUUUAUCAUAUGGAUAUUACAUAGCUAAGUUGUUAAAUGAUACUAUUCAUAAGAAAGCUAUCUGUUCUUGAGAGUAAAAAUAAGUGUUCAUUAUUGGCAUUUCUUCAAUGUUGUAACUGUAAUUUAUUUACUGUUGUAUAUAACAGUCUCAGUGGAUAAAGAAAUGCCCUUACAGCUUAUCCAAAGCUCAUUUAGGUCAUCAGAUGUCUUUCCAUAGGUUUUUUUGUGGGCUUUUAAUCACACAGUUGUCAAAAUAGCAAACUUCUAAUGGAUCUUCAGUGAUACCCUGUAUUUAAAACUUUUUUUUACAUUUAAAUUUGCAUGUAAUAGUGUGUGUGUGGGGGGGUUCGUUUGGUUGGGUUUUUGGGGGUGUUUCUUCAUGUUUCUUUAAGCACAAACCCUGGAAUUACAAAAGCCACAGAAAGAGCCACUCGUUUGCUUCAGAGAUCGAUGUGGCUGUAGCCAUAACAGCACAGACUUGCCAGAGUUCUGGUGCUGUGGAGUGUUCUGUGGUAUUGCCCCUAGAUUGACAGAUUGAUCUUUGUAAUAAAUUAGCAUUUUAAAACGUGAGCAAACGUGAAGGCCAAAGCUCAAGCUGCAGAAUUGCUCAGAUCUGCUGAAGGAUAACAGGGGCUUUUUUUAAGGUGCAGAUUUCAGGGAUAUUCAUCAAUCUAGUGAUUCCAAUAGAUACAUAGCAAGGGCAUUUAAAAAAUAACUCUCUCCGAGUAGGAACAUGAAUUCUUUUCAAAAUCUGAUGUCAAGUCUUUAAUGUUGAUAUGUAUCAUUUGCUUAGGUGACAUUGUAGUUAUUUCCGUGCUUUGUCACUGCUCACAGUGGCAAGUUUAACUCUGUAGGAGCUGGGGAAAGUAUCUUGGAUCCCUGACGUUGUGGAGCCAGUUGUAUACAUAAAAUCCAGGGACAGGUAAUGGACUCUCAGAAAA